ACCACAAAUCAAUCCCCUAAAAGGCAGAUGAGUUCCUACUUUCUAAACUCUUACCCAGGUCGCUACCAAAAUGGCCACGAUUAUCAGUUGCAGAGUUAUGGGAAUGCCUCGUCUGUGGAGGAGCAUUUUAGGGAGUCGACGAUGCUUUCGGCCAGGUAUGGCUAUGAUUACACUGGGAUAGACCUCAGCAUGACUCGUUCUAACUCAAAUCUUCGUGGAGACAGUGAAAGGUCUACUGACUUCAUGCAGACAGCCAGUAACACCUUUCACAGUUCUUCUAGUGUGAGAACUAAGUCUCCUGAUCAUACCUUCAGCUCAGGACCUUUGAUAAGCCCGUCAGAUAGUACUAUUAAAACUGGGGCUGCAAUCACAGGGGCAAGUCAUUCAUACCGCGGUGGUCAGGAUACAUCACCGGUUACCGAUGAACAUCUUGUGGGAACGAACAGCCCCAAACCAGAAAGUGGGCAACUAGACAAGGAUUCAGCACAGCAGAUGCAAAUAUAUCCAUGGAUGAAAAAGCUUCACCUUAAUCAAGAAGGUUUAAGUGGACCAGAAGGAAAACGAACGAGGACAGCCUACACUCGCUAUCAGACACUCGAGCUGGAAAAAGAGUUCCAUUAUAACAGAUACCUUACACGACGCCGGCGGAUAGAAAUCGCUCACGCCCUGUGUCUGACUGAAAGACAAAUUAAAAUAUGGUUCCAAAACAGAAGAAUGAAAUGGAAAAAGGAUAAUAAAUUGAAAAGCAUCAAUACCAGCCCUCCAGGAGAGCCAUAGCCGGUUACACCUAACUGGCUAUAAUAUUAUUGUCCUUUACGUUGCAAUGGGGAAGCUUGUUUGGCCACAUAAAAUGUUGUGUGAGAUACGUUGGUGGGUUCAACGCCCUGUCAUCAGUAGAUUUUAUCACUUAUCAUCAACAGAUGUUAACAUCUUUUUUUUCUUUCAAUAUAUAUAUUUAUAAUAUCUAUGCCUAAAUUUAGAUCAGAAGGGAGAACAAUAAAGAGAUCAGCCGGCGUAAUGUAGCCAUGCAAACAGUUCACAUCGGAGAGCAGAAUGAACUUGUUCUCUGUGGCUGGUAGCUGAAUCUUCGGUCGGAUGAAUGCUUCUUUUAUACUAUCAUUUGAUAAUGUUCUGUAAAGUUAGAUAAAUAUUUUUACUUUCAUCUUUUUUUUUACAUCAACGGUGAUUUUCCUUUGUUUGAAUAAUUCUGAGAUUCGUUCUGUCUUCCCAGCUAUAUCUUGUUAUGUAUAUUCUGUACAUACAUAAUGUUUAAAUGUCUGACUUUGUGCUAUAUAAAUGAAAUGAGUGGUGA